AUGGAAGGAGGGCCUGGUGCAAAAAUUCUGGUUCCUCCUCUGUGUAGAGUGGCAGAGUUGAAGAGCAUAGUAUUCGACGCUACGGACGUCCCAACUGACAAGCAAGUGCUGAUAUACAACGACGUCGUACUGAAACGACCCCUCUAUCGUGGAAAAAUUGAUACUUCAAGAGAAUAUUCGACGAAUUGGACACCAGCGAAGCAAAUGGAAAAUGAGCUAACAAGGAAUCGUAUGAAGCACCUUCUCUGGAAACGAAAAAGAAGUAGGACGUUAUCGGAGCCAUCGUCAAGCGAAACAUCUCCGACACCAUAUACUGAAUCUUCUGCAGCUUCGCUGAGUUGUAGUUCAAGUGACUCGAAAAUUUUGAAAUCGUCCCAAUCAUAUGAGCCAACACUGACCGAAAAACAACUUAAGACUUUCUUCGACCCACCUGAAUCUGUGGAAGAACUUGAGCUGACAAGAAAUAAUUUGGUACUACCUCCAUCAAACGUUAACGAGUUGUUGGAACUGAAGGCCGCUCAAAGGAAAUCGGCGGAUUCGAUUUGCCAGUUCUGCCACAAAAAACUGGCCUUAACUGAACAGCACAUCCAAUGUCUCUGUGAAGAGAAGUUUUGCAAAAAGCACCGCUCACCUGCGGCUCACUACUGUGGCAUAGAUUACAAACACACAGGAAGAAGUAAAAUUAAUAAGGACAAUCCAAAAAUCUUUGAGGGUGGUUUACAUAAAGCAAGAGAAGAAUAA